GCGAGGGCAACAAUCCAAGCAGCCUCGCCGAGUCGCCGUAGCCGCCAUCAUGCCUAAGCCGCUGCAGAAGAGCUUCGCCGUCCUGGCGGUGCUGCUCUGUGCCACGGCCACCGUCGUCGAAUCAAGUGUUCUCACCUCCGCGGUGUACUCCGCCCCAAGGGCGUUCCACUUUCACCGUCUCCGCGCCGUGUCGGCCGCCGCCGCCCAGCCCACCACCGGCCCGUCGAUCUCGCCCGUGCAGCCGCCCAGCGCGCUGCCGCCUUCUAGUUCUAGCCCCGUCGCGGCGCCCGUGCCGUCGGUCUCGCAGCAGCCGGCUCCGUCUCCGUCUCCGCUCAUGCCCGUCGGACCGGCACCGGCGCUCUCCCCGGCGACGGCACCCGCGCCUGCCCUGACCACGCCGGCGCCGUCGCCCGCAAUUCCAGCGCCGCCGACGCCCGGUACGUGCGCGACACCACGGCGCUACACUUUUUUCCCCGUGCACCGCGUAAGUUCGUUCGGUUGACUGGGCCCGCUAGGCCCCGUGGGUUUAUCUUGUGCCCAGAAUUGGCCCAUUCGCAGUUUUUAUCUUUCUAUUUUUUUUCUUGAUCGUUCCGUUUCCCUUUUAUUUAUAAAUCAUGUAGCUAAAGUCGCAUCGCAUUCUGAUGCCUAAGCCUAACUCUGAUGCUUAACAAUCUGUUCGUGCAGCCCCAGCAGCAGAAGCUCCGGUGAUUCAAUCUCCGGGGCCACCUGGUAAGCCGUGACCAUUAGCUCCGAGUCAGUGUAGUUUGAAUUUGUGAACCUUGCUGGAUCGCAUCUGGAACUGAACUGGAAAUCAGCAGUGGCUUGCUGUGCUGGCUUCAGGCUAACGCGUUGCGCCGCCGUGCCGUGCAGCUCCAGCUCCGGUGAUCCCGUCGCCACCUAGUCCAAGUGCUGCUCUAGCGCCGGCCACACCGAAUCCAGCUCCGACGCCGGCCACGACGGCAUCUACGCAGGGCUCAGCGCCGCCCGCGGACGACCUUUCUUCCGGCGCCGCCGGUCUGGCUGCCUCCACGGGAGCCGCGCUGGUAUUCGCCGCCGCCGCCGCCAUCGCUCUAAGGCUAAGCUAGGGAUUUCCCGUUUCUCCUAUAUACAACAAGUUGCAAUAUCAUCAUCUGGAAUUAGUAGAGUUAUUAUUAUUAUUUCUUCUCGA